ACGUGGUGCAAGGGGUGGCCGCGGUGGAAAUGUAGGAGGAAAGCGCAAAGCUGAUGGGUACAACCAGCCAGAUUCCAAGCGGCGCCAGACCAAUAAUCAGAACUGGGGCUCCCAACCCAUUGCUCAGCAACCGCUCCAAGCAGGGAAAAGGGGUCGAGGCCGGUCCUGACCUGUUACAAUGAAGACUGACUUUCUAAGUGGGAUUACACCAGAAGCUUGCAGUGGAGUAAUGGUAAGGAAAAUCAAGCAACCUUAAAUAUCUCGGCUGUAUAGGAGCAUAUUCUAUUGCAGAAGACCUUCCUAUGAAGAUCAUGGAAUCAAAUACGGGACAUUGAACUAAUACUUGGACUUUGAUAUGAAUUUCUUUAACAAUUUUCUCUGCAGUGCAAGUUAUUAAACUAAAGCUACUCUAUUUUCCAAAUGUGUUCCAACAAAAAUUCUUCAUAACUUCUAGCAUGGUAUCUUAAUAAAGAAUAAAGUUCUUCUCUUUAAAAAAUCUGCUCUAAGUAGAUUUUUCCCCUCUUUUUUUUUUAUAUUAAGGAUCUCAGCAGUGGUAUUCUGAAAUAUUCUCUUGAAUUUGUGCAUUUAAAUUUUAUUGCAGUGAUAUAGAUGAAUGCCACUGUUGGUACCCUUAAAUUUAAUUUCUGCUCACCAAGGUUAAUCAUGAUUGUCUAUAUCUUUUUUAUAGUAAUCACUUUUGAAUUGUGUUCAGAUGCAGUUUCAGGUGUAAUCAUCAGAGCUGGUUAGUCAGGCAUUCCAGAUAGUGGUUCUUUUCAGAACCUUUUUUAAAGGGUUGGUUAACUACCUCAGUAGCAGAGGAUUGAACUAUACCCUGUCUGUACUGUACAUAGAAAAUCUUUGUAGAUAAAAGCAAGGCUUGUUAAAAUAUGAUAUGAGGGUAAGAUUUUAAUAAACCAAAUGUAACAUUCUUAGUUGCCUUUAGUUUCAGAGGCUUGUAAGACUUCCUCAUGACCAUCAUAACAGGCCUUGCUUUUGUCGUAUUUUGUGGCUGAAAAAGCAGCCUUGCUUCUUCAGAUAUUGUAGUUAUUUGGAUGUAUAAUAGUUUAGCAAGAUGUUACUUUUGUAAGACAUCAGAUGUUCAAAAAGUGCAUCCGAACUUGUACUAAAUACUGCAGUGUCCCUUUAUAAAAAGUCAGACUAAAACUGACAGUUGUACAGCAAAGCCUGACAUUUGGAUAUUUUGAAGUUUUUUCAUAAAUCAUAGAAAUUAGUAUAUGGCUGUAGUUUAGCUUUUUAGGUAAAAGGUAUGUUUCAUUAGUGCAUUUGUUACUGCUGAUCACUAUAAAAAUGUGAAUCAGCUUUCCAUUUCUUAUGCAGGUCAUGAUAACUUGUAGAGUAGAGUACAAUCAUUUGUGCUAUGUUUUUAAUUUUCUAAAGCACCUUGAUGACAGUGAGUGUUCAGUGGUGAAGCAUCCUCUAUUGAAUCACCCUCAAAAAUUUUUUUGCCAAGUCCUAAGUUGAUAGCUUAAAGUCAAGUAAAAUUAUAGUUUCAAGUAGGACUUGGUAUAAAGAAAUACCUUCUCCCCUUCCCCAAAGGGAUACUGCAGUUAUAUCACAUACCCAAUAGGCACCACGAUGAAGAUCAGAGCUUAUACCUAAUUAAGGUUUUAUACACACCAGUUCCCCAGUAAAUGCAAAUUUAACAAGAAAAUUAGACAUGUCAUAUGUUCAAAAUGCUCAUGGCAAACAAUCAUUUUGCAUUCCUGCAAAUAAAAUUGUUUUAUACUGUAAGCUGGAGGCGAGUGUAACUUAUUUUUGUAAUAAAGUUUUUAUUUUUUUUAUGUGUCAUUAAUAUAAAUGUGUGUUAGUAUAGAAAAUCUUCUGGUUUAAAAAACUUAGAGUUGCACACAUUUCAGUAUGUUCAUUUGUACUUACAUAAUUUUAGAAUAGUGGUUGCCAAUAGCCUGUAUGUUUCCCAUUAAUUGUUUUUUUUUUUCUUUCUUUUUUGUUACUUUAAUAAACCAUUUUAGUAUGUUGUAUGUCAGUUACUGGGAUAGCUGGGGCAUAGAGUGUAAUUUAAAAUUUGUCAAUAAGUAUUCAUUGGAAUAUUUGUAAAUGUGCCUUGCCGGUUGUUGAAACUUACCUACAAAAUGAGUAUGGGGUGACAAAAAUUUGUUCCUGGUGCUUACUGAAACUUUCUUCCACUGAUUUUUAUAUAUUACCCUGUGCUUUUUAAAAGUACAUCUCUGAAAUCUUAGUGUAAGUUUGAGGGCUACACAAAACAUGUACAUUUCAUUCUAACAUAGUAAGUAUACUAGGUCGUGGAAAGUGGGUAAAUUAAAUGUAGCCUUCAGCAAAAUCGAUUCUCAGUGUAAUCCUUGGUGCUGGCACUUCCCAGGUCCAAGGAGUAUAAUGAUCCCAUCUAAGAGGUCAUUGCCAUGCCUAUUGGCACUUAACUGUCAUACCAUUUUUAACGGACACUGUCAAGGUCUUUUAGUUAAUUCCUAGAUUAUUUGUUGGGAAGCAAGAACAGGUUUGUUUGACUUAACUGCAUUGUCAAAGUUGAAAGAUGAACACUUUUGUGAGUUCACAAAUGUGUUCUUUAAGAAAACAUUGAAGUAUGGAGCUCUGGGUUUCUAAGACUUGGCUUUUAAGUUGGGGGACAUGGGAGGGAAAACUGUUUUAAAAGAAAUUGCAGAAUUGAUUGAUGGUUAUACUUAAGGGUAAUGUAAACAAUGGUGAUGAAAUAUAGACUCAAGUGAAAAUACUUGACAGUGUUCAUUUUAAUGACUUUGAAUUUAAGCCAUUAUAAUUACUUUUAAAAUUAAAUAUCAUUUGCACUGUUCUGAUAAUGGGUGCAGUUUUUGAGCAAUAUAAUCAGAGCUAAAUAUGCAUGUAGUGAUUAGUGAUGUGAACAAUUAAGUUCUGAGAAGAAAUACUAACCGUGGUACUUUCAAACUUAAAUUUCUGUAGUGAAAUCAGUAACAAACUCUUAUCAGAAAUCAAGAAAAACAGGCAAUGCAUAUAAACAUAAUUUUGAAUGUUGUGUGGCCUAUAAAGCAAUAAUGCAAUUUAUAUGGAAUGUCAUGGGAUAUGAGAAAUGGAAAUGCAAAAAUAACUAAUCCUUUAGUAAAAAUGUCAACAUGUUAAAAGGGGGAAUGUUAACUAAUGUAGGUUAUUGCAUUUGUGAUUUGUUUAUGGGUUCUUGGCUUUGACAGCUUCAAAGAAUGGACAGAUGACAAGUUAAAUUUUGUAUAUAUUGUCAAGGAAAGGGUCUUUAAUAGUUAAGUCCCUUCCUAGAGGUAAAACGUAUAUCCUUAAAAGAAUUUUGAUUGUUGAAAAGUUACCUAACCAAAACAGACGCAAGAUUUUGUUUCUGCAGACUACUUGGCAAUCAAAAGUGUUCAUAAAUUUAGUUUUAUCAGUUUUCUAGGAAGUUACUUUGUGACAGAGUUGUGUUAAUUAUAUUCUUCCCAAGCAUGUCUUUUGUGCAAGAGUUUUAGUCAAUGCAAUUGAAUCACAUGUUAAAAAUGGAGAAUUGAAUUGCACAAAAGGAAUCAGAUGCUCACGAUGGCACUUAAUAGCAUCAUGAGAAACUUACUGAUUACUGCAGAACUUUUACUAUUUGAUGCAAAUCUGAUUAAACAAAAGUAUAAACAUUUUCUCAUGAUUAGGAAUGAUACAAAUGGAUUAAUGGAGAGAUCUGGGCUAUAGAAUUGUAUAUAAGAUAUUUGAAAAGAUGUAUUUAGUAUUAGGAUGAACAUCAUCUACAUGGGAAAAUUAACUUUAGUACAGCUUUUUUAAAAUUACUUGGUCAGAAACAGCAUCAUGUUAUGAUGACUAUUUCUUGGAGAAAUUAAAAUAUAGAAGGGCUUCAUGCAUUAAAAAAGGUAGCUAAUCCUAGAGUAAAUGGUUGCUCAGGUUUCUAAAAACUCUAUUAAUACCCUCCAAGACUGUUUUCUCCCCACUUAUACAUAACAUAAACAGGAAUUCAGUGAUGGGUAUAAAGUUAAUGAAUAAAUAACUUACUUAAACAAUACAUGGAACAGACUUCUUGGGGUGAUUUUUAUGGUGUAGUAUUUACUUAGUCUUACCACUCAAUAGGGCAUGCCACUAAGAUGCUAAUUAUGACCCAAGGCUCACACAGGCAGUUUUUAAAAACUGAGCCAAUGUAUAGAUGGACUUUUGGAGUCUGUCACUUUUUAAAAGUUCUUAAAACAUAAACCAUAUUAGCACCACAGUCUGCCUUCAACAGUGUACCUAAAAUGCUUUUCAGGACCAGAAGAAUUCAGUUGGGCAACCUUUUUUACAAAUGCAAAUCAGUAUUACUCUGGGUCAAAGAUUAAGUUUUUAAUAUUAACAGUAGUCUGGUAAACAUUUAGAAGUCUGACAUUGAGAAACAAAAGCUUGUACCUGAGUAUUUUAAUUAAAAAAAUUAGAUUUUAGCUUAUUUAAAUUCUUUUUACAUUUAUUUAUCCAUAGAAUUUAUAUUUAUUUCAUUCCUUUCGUCUCACUGAAAGCUGUCUGCAGGCUUCUUGAUUUGGAUUAGAUGUGUGAAGUACUGUCUUUCGCCAAAAACCUCAAAUUACCUGUUUUUUUCCCCAACUUAGUGGGUUUGUGCUUGUUUGGAGAUCAGUUCAAAAACUAUCUGUACUAUCUGUACUGCCUCUGAUGUUAAGAUUUUAUGUAUAGCAUAAGGAAGCUAGCUCUGACUAUAUUUUCCUAAGAAUAAAGACCUAUUUUUGUAGCAUGUCUUAGGAUCUCCAGGAGUCCAAGAAUUAUUGUGAGUGUCCUCCAUUUCAUGAUUUUUCACUCAACAGCUUUUUAAUAGACACUUGGAAUCUUUAGAGCUUUGUCGCCUUUUGAUCAUGCAUACAUUCAAAGUAACUAGGAAAUGGUAAAAACAAAUUCCCCGAAUACCUCUGAUUGCAAGCCACAUGCCUGGAAGAUGUAUAGAAUAAAUGUUUUGGGAUGGUCUUCAUUUAAUUUUAAGUUUUUGAAAUGGUUACAUACAUGCCAAUAGAUUUAUGAACUCCAUGAUAAUUGUUUUGGGAACAUGCUUCACCAUGUAGUGUUCUUCUAUUCUCCAGUUUUAUUUCUGGCAAAUAAAAUUUCUUUGAAGAUUGGAAAAUGAGAUUGAAGUACCAAAUAAUUCAGGAGAGGGAAGAAGAAAAUGAUCUCUUGAUAAAAUUUGCAUUUAGAUUACUGCAACUCAGUUUAUGUGAAUGAACUCUGCUCCAUUGCAUAUUAAAGUCAGUGGCCACAUUCAGGACUUGUAUCUUCAUGUCUUAAUGAUCUUCUGGUCAUUUGUUGCUGGAGUUGUGACAUUCUACUGUUCAUUAGGACCUGAUUCUCUCUUGCCAAAUAUAUUCUUCACAAUAAAAUACAAACCUAAGCAAUUAGGACUUCAAGAGUUAUUCCCGCAAGGUCACAGCUGUGCUGUUUGUGGUAAAGUGAAAUGUAAACGACAUAGGCCUUCCUUGCUGCUUGAAAACUACCAGCCCUGGCUAGACCUGAAAGUGCCUUCCAAGGUUGAUGCCUCUCUCUCAGAGGUUCUUGAAUUAGUGUUGGAAAACUUUGUUUAUCCAUGGUACAGGGAUGUGACAGAUGAUGAGUCCUUUGUUGAUGAACUGAGAAUCACCUUACGGUUUUUUGCAUCUGUCUUAGUACGAAGAAUUCAUAAGGUGGAUAUCCCAUCUAUUAUAACCAAGAAACUAUUAAAAGCAGCAAUGAAACAUAUAGAAGUGAUUGUUAAAGCAAGACAGAAAGUAAAAAACACGGAGUAUUUACAGCAAGCUGCAUUAGAAGAAUAUGGCCCAGAGCUUCAUGUCGCUUUGAGAAGUCGAAGAGAUGAAUUACAGUAUUUAAGGAAACUCACUGAGCUACUUUUUCCUUAUAUUUUGCCUCCUAAAGCUACAGACUGCAGAUCCCUGACAUUACUUAUAAGAGAAAUUCUAUCUGGUUCUGUGUUUCUCCCUUCUUUGGAUUUCCUAGCUGACCCAGAUACUGUCAAUCAUUUGCUUAUCAUCUUCAUAGAUGACAGUCCUCCUGAAAAAGCGACUGAACCAGCUUCUCCUUUGGUUCCAUUCUUGCAGAAAUUUGCAGAACCUAGAAAUAAAAAACCAUCUGUACUGAAGUUAGAAUUAAAGCAAAUCAGAGAACAACAAGAUCUUUUAUUUCGGUUUAUGAACUUUCUGAAACAAGAGGGAGCCGUGCAUGUCCUGCAGUUUUGUCUGACUGUCGAGGAAUUUAAUGAUAGAAUUUUGCGACCAGAGUUAUCAAAUGAUGAAAUGCUAUCUCUACAUGAGGAAUUGCAGAAGAUUUAUAAAACAUACUGCUUGGAUGAAAGUAUUGACAAAAUUAGAUUUGAUCCCUUCAUUGUAGAAGAGAUUCAAAGAAUUGCUGAAGGCCCAUAUAUAGAUGUUGUGAAACUGCAAACUAUGAGAUGUCUUUUUGAAGCAUAUGAGCAUGUUCUUUCCCUCUUGGAGAAUGUGUUUACUCCUAUGUUCUGCCACAGUGAUGAGUAUUUCAGACAACUUUUAAGAGGCGCAGAAUCUCCAACACGCAAUUCCAAAUUCAACAGAGGUAGCCUAAGUUUGGAUGAUUUCCGAAGCACACAAAAAAGAGGAGAAUCGUUUGGAAUCAGCAGAAUAGGUAGCAAAAUUAAAGGAGUAUUCAAGAGUACUACAAUGGAGGGAGCUAUGUUGCCCAAUUACGGUUUGGCUGAAGGUGAAGAUGACUUUAUUGAAGAAGGUAUUGUGGUAAUGGAAGAUGAUUCUCCAGUAGAAGCUGUGAGCACACCUAACACUCCUCGAAACCUUGCUGCAUGGAAAAUUAGCAUUCCAUAUGUAGACUUUUUUGAGGAUCCCUCCUCUGAAAGGAAGGAGAAAAAGGAGAGAAUUCCUGUGUUUUGUAUUGAUGUUGAAAGAAAUGAUAGACGAGCAGUUGGACAUGAGCCUGAACAUUGGUCUGUCUAUAGAAGAUACCUUGAAUUCUAUGUACUUGAAUCAAAACUAACAGAAUUUCAUGGUACAUUUCCUGAUGCUCAACUUCCAUCCAAAAGGAUCAUUGGUCCCAAAAACUAUGAGUUCUUAAAGUCGAAGAGAGAGGAGUUUCAGGAGUAUCUGCAGAAACUUCUGCAGCAUCCGGAACUGAGUAACAGUCAACUUCUGGCUGACUUUCUCUCCCCCAAUGGUGGGGAAACACAGUUUCUUGAUAAAAUACUUCCAGAUGUAAAUCUUGGUGCCCAUGGAGACCAGAAGAGACCAUUAGAUCCCCUAGAGCUGGAGUUAAAGACAGCUGUGAACUGCUCAUCAUGGAUUGAGACCAAACUCAGGUCCUCUGAAGAGCAACAAGUUCUCUUAACCUGGAAAAUUAUAAAGUCUGUUCCUGGAAAACUAAUGAAGGAGAAAGGUCAGCACUUGGAACCUUUCAUCAUGAGUUUCAUUAAUUCUUGUGAAUCCCCCAAACCUAAACCAAGUAGACCAGAACUGACCAUUCUCAGCCCCACUUCUGAAAACAACAAGAAGCUUUUCAAUGAUCUAUAUAAGAAUAAUGCAAACCGUGCUGAGACUACAGAGCGGAAGCAAAAUCAGAACUACUUCAUGGAGGUGAUGACUGUGGAUGGAGUCUAUGAUUACCUGAUGUAUGUAGGACGAGUAGUUUUCCAAGUUCCAGAUUGGCUUCAUCAUCUUUUAAUGGGAACUCGAAUCCUCUUUAAGAACACAUUGGAAAUGUACACUGACUACUAUCUUCAGUGCAAGCUAGAGCAGCUCUUCCAGGAGCACCGGCUGGUUUCUCUCAUAACGCUUCUCAGAGAUGCUAUAUUUUGUGAAAAUACUGAACCUCGCUCCCUCCAAGAUAAGCAAAAAGGAGCAAAACAGACGUUUGAAGAAAUGAUGAAUUACAUUCCAGAUCUGAUAGUCAAGUGUAUUGGUGAAGAAACCAAGUAUGAGAGCAUCAGACUUCUGUUUGAUGGCUUGCAGCAGCCAGUGCUUAACAAGCAGCUGACCUAUGUUUUGUUGGACAUUGUGAUACAAGAACUGUUUCCAGAGCUAAAUAAGGUACAAAAGGAAGCUACCUCCAUGACAUCCUGGAUGUAAACACUGGUAUAGAAUAACAUACCAGUAUAAUAGAAGUGUACUUUUUCUUUCUCUUUGUAUAUUUUUAUAAAUAUCAUGUACUUUAGUGUUUGAAAUAUAUUUUUUUGUUUUAAUAAAGACUAACAAACUUAAUAGCAAUAAAAAGUGAUUAGGUAUUAUGG